GUUCUUCCACUUUGAUCAAAACUGCCUCCACUGGUGAGUUAGAGGAGCGUAUUGCGGCCACUACUGGUGCUAUUACUGUUGCUAGCACAUCUGCUGAUGUUGCUGUAUCCAGUGCAGUGACCACCUAUACACAACCUUCUGAAGAGCAGCAAGUGCAAGCUAUGAAUAUAAGAAAAUCAAUUCUGGAGUCGGCCACUUCCAAGGAAGCACUCUCCUUUCAUCAAGGAAACUUACAAAGCACGAGACGACGACCAAGAAAUGCUGAGCAGAUAGAAAGAGCUAAAGAACUUGCAGUUGUUACUCAUAGAGUGAAAAAGGCCAUAGAUUUUAAAUCUAGAGGAUUUAAAUUGUUUCCAGGGAAAGACAACAGCAACAAGUUUUCUAUCUUAAAUGAGGGAGGUAUUAAACAGGCAUCCAAUUUGUGUCCAGAUCCUGGAGAACCAGAAAAUGGAAAACGGAUAGGCUCAGAUUUUAGCUUGGGAGCAACAGUACAGUUCUCUUGUGAUGAAGAUUAUGUGCUACAAGGUUCAAAAAGUAUCACCUGUCAGAGGAUAGCUGAAGUUUUUGCUGCAUGGAGUGAUCAUAGACCUGUGUGUAAAGUCAAGACUUGUGGAUCCAGUCUUCAGGGACCUGGAGGCACUUUCACAUCACCCAAUUUUCCAUUCCAGUAUGACAGCAAUGCUCAAUGUGUGUGGGUCAUCACAGCUAUCAAUACUAAUAAGGUAAGUUUAAAAUUCUGGAUUUAUUUAAUAAAAGAAAACGAACCAAAAGCAUAUGUAGACUAUGACAUUUUUCACUAA